CUCAGGAUUGUCUCUUUCACUUGCAGCUACUUAAUCAGGAGGAUGGUGGCAGCAGCACUUCUCUGGUUGGAAAUGGUGAUACCGCAGUCGAAGGCGUAACUGAUGCUGAUGAAGCGUCAUCAAACAAAGUGGAUAUCGUGUCAUCAACAGCUUCUGCUGUGAUGGGACAAGGCAGAAAGACGGCGGGCUUGGAU